CCAAUGGAGCGCAGAUCAUUCAGUCAUUUACUAGUGUGCCUUUGCCGCAUGCGGCAAUAGGAUCGGGCUGCGUCUUUUUAACGGAAACUACGAAGCGAAAGGACAAUUUACUGGUUGCCGUAUAUGCGAAGAUGUACCAUGAGCAAUGCGCCUGACGUCGGUCUUGUUUUAUGCGGUGGCAACUAUUGCUUUUUAUUUCAUAACUGUCGGAUAUGCUCAAGCGGAUUUUCUUUUGUUGAAAAAAUUACUGGCUUUGCGACAGCUCGCCGACAUCACUUCUACAACGACAACGACGACGACAUUAGCGACAACAACAACAACAACAGCAACCACGACGACAUCCGAGCCGUCGUCAUCAACAAUUUCCAGUAUACUAUCCAAUGGAAAACUUCUUUCUGAUGCCGCAGUGCCACUGGUGAUGGAAUUUUACAAAUUUAUCAAAAAGAAUAAAACAAUGGAAGACAGCGCGAAAUUAUUACUAACUCAAUUUAUGCCACAAUUAACCGGCAAUGCUAACACCCUGGACAGCGCCAUGCCCGUGAUAACCGAUGCCAAAUGGAUUCGCAAACAUGUUAAACCGCUGCUGAAGUCGUUUCUGGAGAGCGAUGCAGACAACGAAGUGAGCGCCACUGGCACCACGACAGCGGAACCUAAACUGGGAACUGAAUUGCAGACUAUGAACCGAACAGGAAGAGGAUGGGGAGGAGGAUGCUGCUGCUGUGGUGGCGGCGGAGGCGGAGGCAGCGACAAUGGACUGCUGGCGGCGGUGUUGGCUUCCCAAAACAACAAUAACGCACUGGACUCCCUUUUACCGUUGCUAUUCGGACUGAUAGCUCUCCUGAUUAUGAAACUCCCUACUUGAUCUCCUAUGCAGUAUUUGGUUCUUGGUUUGGACGAUUUGCUGCACUUACUGCUAGGAAUUUCAGCCCGUCGUUAUAUACUGGCAACGAUUUCCAGGGACAAAGUCACAAAAUUCUGGCAGUAUUGGAAGCUCGUCUAUUUUUAUUUUUUAUUUGUUUUUAGUUGGCAAUAAUUACACAUUUUAAACGGGUUAAUGUAAAUGGACACUGGUUUUAUUUUACCUUUCUUGCUAUCUCUGGCUGUAAGAAUGGAGCAUGAAGACAAUAUUAUGUUUAAGUACACAACUUCCGGUUGUACAAAGUCAUUAAUUGUAAGCUUUUUGUUCUUAUACUGGCUUAUUGUACAUGUUCUGCCACCCUGAACU